GUAGUGCCGAUGUUAUCAAAUCUUAUCAGCUGGACUCGACGACGGCACCACAGUCGGCGAGGAACUAUUGGGUUGGGUUAAACUCAACCAACGCCAGUCCGCAGUCUUGCGUGACGAUCGGCGAUGGCUGGUGUUGCGAAGAAACCGUAAAUGGUUCAACCGUGAUCUGUGAGUGAUUAGCGCCGCUUAACAAGUGAUCAUUCGUUGAGAAACGUGCUCAAAACCGAGUAUGAUGUACAGAAAACGGCUAUAGCAUAUUCGCUGGAGGUACGAUCGAGCUGCUGCUUCAAUCAUCGUGAUCGCGAUCUUGAUCAUCAACGGGAGUGAGUCAUGGAGCGCAUACUGCGAGGUGUGAUGCGUUACCGGCACUCCACCCGGGAGCAAAUGGUACAGGAGUUUCGUAAAGUUCGCGAUAAUCCACAGCCUAAAGCUGUAUUCUUCACCUGCAUGGACAGUCGAAUGAUUCCGACGCGAUUUACCGAGACACAUGUAGGGGAUAUGUUUGUGGUGCGAAAUGCUGGAAAUUUGGUUCCGCACGCUGAGCACUUUCAGGAUGAGUACUUUAGCUGCGAACCGGCAGCCCUUGAGCUGGGAUGCGUGGUCAAUAACAUCAAGCACAUAAUCGUGUGUGGCCACAGCGAUUGCAAGGCAAUGAAUCUGCUGUAUAAGUUGAAGGAUCCCGAAUUUGCAUCUCUGGACAACCGGAGAAUAUCGCCACUGAGGGCUUGGCUGUGCGAGCAUGCCAACACUAGUUUGGACAAGUUUCAAAACUUGCGAGAGAUUGGGCUGGACAAACCGCUGAUCUUCUCGUCCGAGACGCCGCUGCGCAAGUUUGUGGCGUACAUUGAUCCCGAAAACAAUUUUGCGAUCGAAGAUAAACUGUCGCAAGUGAAUACGCUGCAGCAGAUCGAAAACAUUGCCUCGUACGGGUUUCUAAAGCGAAGGCUUGAAUCACACGAUCUGCACAUUCACGCACUCUGGUUCGACAUCUACACCGGAGAUAUCUACUACUUUAGCCGGAACUCGAAACGAUUCAUAACGAUCGACGAGAGCACGAUCGAGCAACUGCUGACCGAGGUACGGCGGUACUAUUCGUGAUCACGCAAUGUGUUUCGUUGUUUGUUUGUCGAAGGUGCUACUGUGAGGGUAAUACGGGUUAUUUAAGAACAAUCUCCAGGAAAUUGUUUUUAUAAUUUUGGAACAUUUUUAAAAUGUGAAUCGUGCUUUUAGUGCCUUGCCAAACGUGUGGCCUUACGUUAUGGUUUAUUAUGCUUCGUGUUGGAUGUUGUAGUGAGUAGAACGCUUUUUUGUACGAACGGUUAUGCUAGUUUUGUAAUAAACAAAAUAUGUUGGUCGUCGGGAGAGCUCUUAUCGCCCGAUAAUGAUACCUUUCUCUUCUUUAAAGGUUCGCGAAUGAACUUCAUCGCAUGGUCGUCGCAAGACGCAGCUAUAUUCCCCACACGCACACGCCAGAACUGCAUUUAGUAAAAGAAGCUUUGAUGCUUCUUGUAACGUUAUUCGUUCAAACCACUAACAUGAGAUCACUAUCGCUAUCACGCGCUUCAUAUUCGUCAUUACAGCACAAAUGUAUGUUAAAAACGCACAAUAUUGACAUGAAUAAAUCAAAAUAAUUUAGUUUAAAAAUGAUUUACGAUGCCGUGAAUAC